AAACCCACCGUCAUCGCCUCACAUAAAAAAUAAUAAUUAUUAUGCGUAUGUAUAUUUGUAUGUAUGUAUGUAUAUAUGUACGUAUGAGAUUUCGUAUUUCAUUUAUACACAAAUAUAUGUGCAUGUGUAAUUUUGAAGCAAAAAAAUCGCCGUAGUUGGGUGAAAACAAUGCUGGAUGGCAGUGAGCCGCGGGCUAGCAAAAGUGCUGCACGCUGUUUGAGAGGCGUUGGCAGCGUUCAAAAAAAUAAAAAUUAUAAUUAUUUAUACUAUAAAAGGAUGCCGUUUCACCACUACUCAAAUGGGGUCUUUGUAUCAACUCCUUCAAACACGCCAUUUGAGUAGUGGCCGAAUAGCGUUCUUUGAUAAAAUAAUUGGAAAUGAUUUUGUGUAAAUUUAUUAUAAGUCAAUCGAACUUUUUUUCUAAAAUGAAGCAUUAUUUAUGCCCAACCGUUGGUCGCUGAUUAGCAUUUUAGUUUAGUUUAUUGAUAUAAUUCAAUAUUUAAAAUGCGUAUUUAAAGACAUUAGACUGCAGUCCAUGAAGCACAACGAAAAGUGACAGUCGAAGUUAAAGCAUAAAAUUUAAAUAAACAACUAACAAAGCGUCUUCGAAGCAACCGCACGAUGAUUUGGGAGCUGAUGCUGCUGGCAGCGACAGUUCUCUGCCUCGCCUUACACUACCAAUAUGAGCGCACGCGUAAUAAGGACUUCUACAAGCGCAUACCACCCGUCUCCAAUAUACCGUUCGUGGGUUGCAUGCUCGUGUUGGCGCGCUUUCAGCCAGAUAAUUUACAUUUGAAGUUUCAAGAGUUCGUCACGCGCUUCGGCAAAAGUUUCUGCGCGCUAAUGCUACGCGAUCUUAUGGUUGUGACCGCCGAUCCGCGUUAUGUCGAAGAGCUACUUAGCAGCCAAAAGCAUAUACAAAAGAAUCAACUUUAUUGGCUGCUGCGCGGCUGGUUGGGCGAAGGUUUGCUGCUUAGUUACGAUCGCAAAUGGCAGAUGAUGCGCAAAAUUAUCACGCCCACCUUCCAUUUCAAAAUACUCGAGCAGUUUGUGGAUGUUUUCGAGCAACAAAGUCGUGUCUUGGUGCAGAAAUUGUCAACGCUCGCGGAUGGCGCAACCGCUGUGGACAUAUAUCCACAUAUAGGACUUAUGACGUUGGAUGUGAUAGCGGAAACCGCAAUGGGCGUAUGUGUGCAUGCGCAGCAGGACGCCAAAUCGGAUUUUGUACAAGCCGUGAAUGACGUCACGAAUAUUGUUGCCACACGCUUUAUACGUCCGAUCUUGGCCUUUCCGCGCUUAUUUAAGCUGCUGCGGCCGCAACAGUAUGAAAAGCAAAUGGAGGGCAUUAGAAUCAUGCAUCGCUUUACCGAGCAAAUUAUUGAAGAACGCCGCACAGCGUUGCAAAACAAAUACAAUGCGAGCACGGAAAGUGCAAUGAGCGCCGAAAUGUUGGAUAUCGGCUUAAAACCACGCAUGGCACUACUGGAUGUACUCCUCCAAUCUACCACUACCGACGGGCAACCGCUAACCGAUGCGCAAAUACGCGAUGAGGUUAAUACAUUCAUGUUUGAGGGACACGACACCACCACAUCAGCCAUCUCUUUCUGUCUCUAUUUACUGUCACGCCACCCGAAUUGUCAACGUGUACUCUUUGAAGAGGUACGCAACCACUUCGGCACUGAUACGAGCCGACCGAUCAAGUAUACGGAUGUGCAGCAUCUAACAUAUUUGAAUUGUGUAAUUAAGGAAACAUUGCGCCUUUACCCACCCAUACCGGUAAUUGGACGUUGGUUAAAGGAGGAGCUGGUCUUGCCUGACGUUACGCUGCCACCGCGCACCAAUGUGCUCAUAUUACUCUGGCAGAUCUUACGUGACCCCGAUGUUUACACGGAGCCGGAACGUUUUUGGCCUGAACGUCAUUUGGAAAACAAUGAACGCGCCAAUGUCUUCAGUAAUAUACCCUUUAGCGCGGGCCCACGCAAUUGCAUCGGACAGAGGUUUGCCAUUUUUGAGAUGCGUACUGUCGUCGUGCAAGUGCUACGUCACUACGAACUCUUGCCUAUCGGUGUACCGAUACAGCCAUCAAUCAAAAUUGUGUUACGCUCGAAAAGUGGGGUUAACGUCGGACUCAAAACACGUGCUUAUGUUUAAGGGCAAAUACUGUACAAGUUUUAAACAAUGUGAUGCGUGAAAAAGUAGCAAUACAAUUGUGAUAUUUAGAGUACUUUCGAA